UGUCAAGUCAACGUGCAACGCAUUUUUUUCAGUGAAAGAGCCGGAGAAUGAUAUUUUCAUAAUAUUAUUUUAUUUAUUUUCAUUCCUCGUUGCAAUUCUGCCGUACGAUCACAUGGACUCCUCGUCCGAUCGCCGUCUCAAACCGGCGGCCAAGCGAGGCUCUGUCGCCGUGGAUCACAGAACGAUGAAGAAAAGAAAAGUCGCCGAUCGAUCGGAGCCGGAGCGGAUUGGAAAUUCGGCGGGGAAUCAAACGCCGACGGAGAAAACCGUUGAUAAGGAUAUAAAACAAGUCCAAGUGGCUGUAAGUUUGAUGUGUCAUCAGUGCCAGAGGAAUGACAAGGGUGGUGUUGUCUUUUGUUCAAGUUGCAACAGAAAACGUUACUGUUAUAUUUGCAUUGACAAGUGGUACCCUGGAAAAACCAGAGAGGAGUUUGAGACUCUGUGUCCAUUUUGUUUUGGCAAUUGUAACUGCAAAGCUUGCUUGCGCGAGGUUCCUGUGCUAAGGCACCCAGAAGUAGAUGCAAGUGUCAAAUUACAAAGACUCGUUUACUUGCUAUAUAAAGCUCUGCCUGUUCUGAGGCAUAUUCACAGGGAGCAGAGCUUGGAGUUAGAGAUUGAAUCCAAAAGAACGGAUACUCAACUGCAAGAAAUUGACAUUACAAGGACCAAGCUAGCCGAAAAUGAACGCUUGUACUGUGACAAUUGCAAUACAUCAAUAAUUGGAUUUUACCGUAGCUGCCCCAACACCAGUUGCUCUUAUGAUCUAUGUCUCACGUGCUGUCAAGAGCUCCGGGAAGGUUGCCAGCCUGGAGGUGUAGAAGCUGAAGCAUCUCAUGAACAAUUUGCAGAGAGUUUACAUAAUCAUAAUUCCAAGAGAGCUAGGAGUAAAACGCCUAGUAAAAGACAUGGGUGGGAGAGUGAACUUGCACCUACCGGUUCUGAUUUUCAAGCUGACAUGUCCUUUCCCCUUCCUGAAUGGAAAGCUAAUAGUGAUGGUAACAUUCCAUGUCCUCCAAAGCAGUGUGGAGGUUGUGGUACUGCAUUGCUAGAGCUGAGACGAAUUUACAAAGCUGAUUGGGUAGCAAAACUGCUAAAUAAUGCUGAGGAUCUCUCUAGAGAUUACAUGCCACUGGAUGCUGAUGUUACUGAAAAGUGUUCUUUAUGCCAGCCAUAUUUGAUUGAAGGAAAAACCAAUCCUGAAGUCAGGAGGGCAGCAUUCCGGGAUGACAGUAAUGACAACUUCUUAUAUAGUCCAAAUGCCCUAGACAUGCCUGAUGAUGAGAUUGAGCACUUCCAGAGGCACUGGAUGAAGGGAGAGCCCGUGGUUGUGAGAAAUGUUCUGGAAAAGACAUCUGGUCUUAGUUGGGAACCAAUGGUUAUGUGGAGGGCUCUCAGAGAAACAGGUUCUAAAGUGAAGUUCAAAGAGGAAACACGAAGCGUAAAAGCCAUUGAUUGCUGGGAUUGGUGUGGGGUUGAAAUUAAUAUUCACCAAUUUUUCCAAGGCUACCUAGAGGGCCGAAUGCACAAAAGUAGGUGGCCAGAAAUGUUGAAAUUGAAAGAUUGGCCUUCAUCAACCUCUUUUGAAGAGCGUUUGCCGAGGCAUGGUGCUGAGUUUCUUGCUGCACUCCCCUAUAGGGACUACACUGAUCCCAAUUCAGGUCUUUUAAAUUUUGCCAGUAAACUUCCUGAAAACUCACUGAAGCCAGAUUUGGGACCCAAAACAUAUAUUGCUUAUGGAUUUUCGGAAGAGCUUGGUAGAGGAGAUUCUGUGACAAAACUGCACUGUGAUGUAUCUGAUGCGGUCAAUGUGCUGACCCAUACAAACAAGGUGAAUAUACCUUCCUGGCAGAGAAAAAGCAUAGACAAAUUAAGAAAGGAAUUUGAUAAAGAAGACUCUUAUGAACUUUAUGAUGAAGCAUUAGGUGAUGUUGAUGGAAGAUCUAAAUAUAAAGCAUUGAAUCAUGAUCAAAAGGCAGAAAAUGGGGCUAACAGGAUUUCACCAAGUAGCCAAAUGGAUCAGAGCAUUUCAUCUAUUGCUGAAGGCAUGAAUGGACAGUUAGAAACACGGAACAUGGAAAAUAGUAUUAGCUUAACCUCUACUGAAGUUUCAGAUCCUUCCAGGACUUCCGAACUGGAACAUGUUCAAUCUGCAAGCAGUUCAGCUUCAAGUAAUACAAGCAGUAAGGAAGAAAGACCGAGGUUUGAUUUUAUAGAUGAUAUUGUGUCUGGUGAUCCCAAGUUAGAGCCAAAACAAGGCCUGGAGAAAGAUUCUCUGGUAAAUGAAAAUGGAGCUGAGGUUGUGCUUGGUGCUGCUGUCUGGGAUAUCUUUCGUCGGCAAGACGUUCCAAAGCUAAUUGAGUAUUUAAGAAAGCACAAGAAGGAAUUCCGUCAUAUCAACAAUCAACCUGUGGAUUCUGUCAUACAUCCCAUUCAUGAUCAGACUCUAUUCUUAAAUGAGAGGCAUAAAAAACAGCUUAAAAGGGAGUUCAAUAUUGAACCAUGGACUUUUGAGCAACACCUUGGUGAGGCUGUUUUCAUUCCAGCAGGAUGUCCUCAUCAAGUCAGAAAUAGACAACCCUCUUGUUACGGACCUGUGAAAAUGAAUGCUGAAUUAAAUUCCUCACAAGUUGCACCUCCCGUUUUCGAUGGAGAAAACAAUGAUCUUUGGGCUAUCAAAAUGGAGGCUUACCUGGAAGCUUUGGAUCUCUGCGAAGCUGUAGAAGAGGAUAAUGAGAUCCUUCCAUUGCCGAACAAUCCUACCAUGACCCAGAUCAAGAAUCAUAAGUAGAAAAAAACUCGGAAAGCAAAGGCAAAGUCAUGCCUUUUUGCUAGUGUUUCAACAACCAUCUUCUCUAGGAUCAUGACUUCAAGAACAACUGAAGCAUUUCGAGAUUAUUUGAAAGCGGAAUGUGUUGGUGAUCAAAGAAUGUGAAGCAUGCAAGUACUUAAUUCAUGAGAGGGAAUUUGAGUUGCAAAUGAUGAAAGAAUCUGAGUCGGUCAAGGAAUACUCAGACAAAUUGUCGAGUAUUGCCAACAAAAUAAGGAUGCUAGGAAAUGUUUUUGUUGAUUCCAAAGUUGAGAAAAUUCGAGUGACGUUGCCUGAGAGGAAUGAAACAUCUAUAACUUCAUUGGAGAACACGAAGGAUCUCUCUAAGAUCACUUUGGUAGAAGGGUAACAUGUCUUGCAAGCCCAAGAACAAUGAAGGAUGAUAAGAGAAGAUCAUGUGGUUGAAGGUGCCUUUCCAGCCAAGCAUCAUGAUGUUGGAUCCGAAAUAAAUAUUUUUUCAAGAAAAACUAGCCAAGAAGUAGCGAGAAUUUUCCAAACAACCAAAACAAAGACAGGGUUAGAAAAAAAUUACCUACCUUGUCAAUAUUGCAGAAAGAUGAGUCACCUACCGUUCAAAUGUUUGAAAUGGCCAGACGCAAAAUGCUGCAAGUGCAAUGAGAUGUGUCAUGAAGUUGUGAUUUACUGAGGCAAAAUCCAAGAAGUUGCAGUUGAAGCGAAAAAUGCACAGGAGGAGGAAGAAAACCUGCUCUUUGUUGUUACUUGCUUCUCUAGCAACAAUUUAAGUGAAUUUUUGUUGAUUAGUAGCAGUGUUAUCAAAUAUUCCGCCUUGGCGGUUUUCUGGC